AAAAACAACAAUGGAAACCACCCACCGCAAAAUCGAACUCCAAUCCCCACUCGACCUCACCUAUCUACACUCCAACGCAACCCUGUGCUUGCGCGAAAAACUAGAUUUGCAUUUCCCACCUUCGGCCGCGCCAGAAUCUGCUUCCGAGGACACGCUAAAAUCUCGGGUUGAGGAAUUGGUGUCUGGAUAUUUGGAGCGCGUGUUUGAGGAUGCAAAGGCGAAUUUGGCGAUCAAUGGGUUGGAGGGAAAGGACAUGGAGGAAGCGGUGAAGAUGGCGGAGGGCAAGGGGAAGGUGAAACUCGAACCCUACGACUCCAAACUCUCGCUAAAACUCCGCUCCCUCGCCGGCCAGAUCGAGCACUUGACGCUUCAACUGGCCAAUUUGCGCAGAGAAGCUCCUGCAAAAGCCGCUGCUGCAUAUACCGCCAAUCUCGCAAACCAAGACGCGAUGUUCGAACAGAGGAAAAAAGCCGCCGAAGAGGAAAACAUGGCACGAUUGCAGGAAGAGCGGGAUUUGUGU